AUGCCACGUAAGAAAAUUUCCGACAUUGUCGAAGGACGUAUUUUGCAACUAUUACGUCAAGGAUAUUCUCAGCCUCGAAUUGUGAACAUUUUGAAACUUGAUGGUAUACAUGUAUCUCAACGUACUGUGUCAAAUGUCAAACGAAAGAUCGGCCAUCAAAGAAAUUCUGAAUCUAAAAUUAAAAUUUUUCGAACAAAAUCAUCACAAACACCAUAUAUUAUUAAGAAGGUCAUUAAGAAGAUUGACGUCGAAGAUCCACCAACUCAACGUGCUAUUGCUAAAGAUCUUCACAUCAGCCAAUCGACUGUCUCGAACAUUAUCAAAAAUUCUGGAUUUACUCUUCGAAAAAAACAGAAAGUUCAAAAGUUAACAUCAUCAAAUAUUAUGAAACGUAGACAGCGAUCAUUUCAACUUUAUCUUCGAUUAGCACGUGGUCGAUAUAAGAAGUUCAUUACAACAGAUGAAGCUUGGUUUUAUUUAGAUGGAACUGGUGGAAGAAGAAAAGUAUGUUAUAUAAAAAAAACUGAUCCCGAUUAUGAUCGCAUGAUUAUUCAACAAAACACUUCACGACCAAAAGGUUUUAUGGUAUGGGGAGGUGUAUCAAGUCAAGGAAAAACUGCACUUCGUUUUGUUGCACCUGGUACAAAAAUUAAUUCAAAUUAUUACGUUAACAAGGUUUUAAAGCCAUUUUUAGCACAAGAUGUUCCACGUUUAUUUCCAAGAAGACGAAAAAUGAAAUGGGUUCUUCAUCAAGAUUCGGCACCAAGUCAUACUGCCGAACAAACAAUUAGAUUUUUGGACCAAAACAAAAUUCAUUAUAUAACACCACAAGAAUGGAUGCCUGCUAGUCCUGAUGCUGCACCAAUGGAUUAUUCAAUAUGGGGGUAUUUGAAACAACAACUGAAUAAAAUUCAUAUUGAUUCUCUUGAUGAACUUAAAAAAAAGCUUUUGAGUGAGUGGCGAAAGAUGAGUCAGACUUAUAUCGAUAAAGUAUUAGCUUCCUGGCCAAGGAGAGUUUUAAUGAUAUAUAAAGCUCGAGGCUCUCAUAUCGAACAUCGUUUAUAAUUGUCCUUUGUUUUUGUUUAUAUAUAUGAAAAAUAAAACUGUUAAUAAUCAUGACAACAACCCUAAAAAAUUUUUUUUCAUACUUGUUUGAGAUUCAUCAAAAUUUUGGGCUAGAACCAGAGAAACUAACAAACAAAUUAUGUGAUUUGAUAGAAGAGCUGAUGCUCUAUCCAACUGUGCUCAAAUAAAAAAAAUUCGAUGUAUUGCAUAAAUACAGCAAACGACACAAAACUAGCAAAAAUAACGUAAUCAACCUGUAU